UGCGGGUGGGUCGCUUCCCUGCAGCCACCUUGGCUUCGACGUGAGGCGCUGUGCAGGUUUGCGCUCAGUAACUCGCUGUUGAGUCGGAGGCGGCUGUCCUGAUGAAGUGUCGGCAGAGGGAGGAGGAAACCGACGAGAGGAAGGAAGCGAGGAUCACGUCACGAGCAGCCGAGUCGGAGUAACACGGGCUGAGUAGCGUUUCAUGGACAGUCGUUGAUGCGGGCCGGGGACCCAGCUGCGGCUCGUCGUGUGUGUUUACGCCGGUGUGGACAGGGGUGUUUUUGUGAACUCGCCGGGCGUGAAUAAGGCCAGCGCAUUUGGGCGAGGAAACGGCAACACAACAGCAGCAGCAGCAGCGGCGGCGGCGGCGGCGGCAGAAGAUAUCAUCUUUCUCGGGAGCUCCACCAAAGCAGAGAAAUGGAAGUGUGUGUAGCCCUCCUCCGUUUGCCCGUCUGCUGAAGGAUUUGGAAGCAACCUGGUCGUGACACACGGAGCUUUCAAGUGGAUCUCCUCCGCAGCUCGUUUCUUUCAUGAGUGAAAAAGACAUAUAGUCCAAUCCUCCACGGGAUUUUUGGGGACUUUGCUAUCAGUUGGCCCCCUUUUUUUUUUUCGUCUCUAUUUGUUUUUGGGGCAGAAAAAAAGAGCAGCAAAUCGUCGGGAGAAUUAACAGGUGACGGCUUGGACAGAUCAAAAAUGAGUGAGCUGGAGCAGCUUCGUCAGGAGGCCGAGCAGCUUAGGAACCAGAUAAGAGAUGCCAGGAAAGCAUGUGGAGAUUCAACCCUGACACAGAUAACUGCUGGUCUGGAUCCUGUGGGGCGGAUUCAGAUGCGGACGAGACGCACCCUCCGUGGCCACCUAGCCAAGAUCUACGCCAUGCACUGGGGUUCAGACUCACGGCUUCUGGUUAGUGCCUCUCAAGAUGGAAAACUGAUCAUCUGGGACAGCUACACCACUAACAAGAUUCACGCCAUCCCCCUGCGCUCCUCCUGGGUGAUGACCUGUGCGUACGCCCCCUCUGGGAACUACGUGGCCUGCGGAGGCCUUGACAACAUCUGCUCCAUCUACUGCUUGAAGACGCGUGAGGGCAACGUCAGAGUCAGCAGGGAACUACCUGGCCAUACAGGUUACCUGUCAUGUUGCCGUUUCAUUGAUGACAAUCAAAUCAUCACAAGUUCAGGAGACACCACGUGUGCACUGUGGGACAUUGAGACGAGUCAGCAGACCACGGUUUUCUCGGGCCACAGCGGUGACGUCAUGAGCCUGUCCCUGUCGCCCGACCUCCGCACCUUUGUGUCAGGAGCCUGCGACGCCUCGGUCAAACUGUGGGACAUCAGGGACAGCAUGUGCCGGCAGACCUUCAUAGGUCACGAGUCGGACAUCAACGCCAUCUGUUUCUUUCCCAACGGCAGCGCCUUUGCCACAGGCUCUGACGACGCCACCUGCAGGCUCUUUGACCUGCGUGCAGACCAGGAGCUCAGCCUCUACUGCCAUGACAACAUCAUCUGCGGUAUCACCUCUGUGGCUUUCUCACGAUCCGGCCGUUUGCUGCUGGCUGGUUACGAUGAUUUCAACUGCAACAUCUGGGACGCCAUGAAGGGAGACAGAGCUGGAGUCCUGGCCGGCCAUGACAAUCGUGUGAGCUGUCUGGGCGUGACGGAUGACGGCAUGGCGGUGUGCACCGGGUCCUGGGACAGCUUCCUUAAGAUCUGGAACUGAGCCAUGCACACAAACAGCAAACCCACGUCCAACACAACGCUGGGACACAGUUUGCACCCUGUAUUCACACUGUAUGUAAGAUUCAACAGACAAACUGCAACAUUGUACUGUACAUAAUAUAUAUGACUUAGGUAUGAGUUCACACACACACACACACACACACACACACACACACACACACACACACACACACACACACACACACACACACAAAAUCAGUAAAAUGUGUGACCGCAUACAGUUGAAUCUUCAGCUGCUCAAUUAAAAACACAAAUGCCACUAUUACCUGAAGCCUGUUAACAAGUCUAACACACACACACACACACACACACACACACACACACACACACACACACACACACACACACACACACACACACACACACUUUUUGCAGAGAGACACUGCUCCUUGAGUUAAACGGGAGAAGAAGUAAUUGGACAGUUCUGUCUUUGUUUACAAUGAAGUCCAAAAUGCACUUCAGACAAAUUUUUCUGUACCAUUUUUGUCUCUGUACCACACGUAUCUCAGCAAUGAUAAUGUGAAGGAAAAACGGUCGUGGAAGAGAAUCACGUGAGUCCAUUAACACUGAAAAAAAAAAAAA